AUGGCCACAAAGAGGAUAAUGAAGGAGCUUAAGGACCUCCGGAAGGAUCCUCCCAUCUCAUGCAGCGCUGGUAUGGUCCUGCUUCCCGCCGUUGCCAACCUUAUGUCCAUCUCAUUCCAUUGAAGUUAUGUGUAGACUUAUAUUACCGCAGCUUUCAUCCCCAUUAUGAGCUCCAUUUUGCAGCUGUAUUUGGUUCUUAUCCAGGGCGAAGUAUCUAUGGAGAGAGAGAGAGAGAGAAGACAACGAGGAGUCUAUGGUCGCAGUUGGCCUGAGUGAUAUGGCACACUAGUUGAGAUGGAAACAUGUUGGGAAGGGUGGAAAAAGAAGACAAGGAGAGAGGAAGGGCGGUUCAGGGCGGGAGAAGACAAGGAGAAGGUGGGAGAUAGAAGAAAGGAGAAUAUGUAUGGAGAGGAGAGGCGGCAAAGGGAGGGAGGUUGAUGGGAUCGGCUUCGGAGAAUCUGCCAUGUAUACCAUGCACCAUUUCACUCUGACGAUCUGCAAUGCCGAAGUUGAUCUUUGAUCUCUGUAUGGAUGUGUGCUGGAGUUUUUUUGUUUUGCCCCCUUCAUGAUUAAAGGGGAAGGGACAAGAGGAAGGAGACUGCAGUAAAGGGGCCGUAAACAGGGAGAAAAAGAAAUGGGGAAAGGUGGAUGUGUUACUAAAUUUUUCCUUCAGGAUGGGUGAGAAGGAGAUGAGAUUAAGCAAAGAUAGGAAAGAGAAAAGGGAACGAGGUCAUGGAGGCGGAAUGCUCAAGGUGGAGGAGAGGACAGUGGGUGUUGACCUUGGCUGCUGAAGUUCCUUUUUCUUAUCAGCAGAAGCCUUUUUUUUUCUUUUUUUUCUUUUUUUACUGAAAAGGGGUCUAUGAGCCUCACGUAUGAUGAUGGUACUGUGAAGAAGCCAGUUGUUAACGAGCAUAUGGAUGAGUUCUUGAGCAAUUUCCCUUCUUCUUUUAUAGGCCCAGUUGGUGAAGACAUGUUUCAAUGGCAAGCAACCAUCAUGGGUCCCGAGGAUAGCCCCUUUGCAGGAGGUGUGUUUGUGCUAUCAAUCCAUUUUCCACUGGAUUACCCAUUCAAACCGCCAAAGGUAGAGUACCUGUUGCCUGCUCCAUCCACUUUGCCCUGUCCAUAUAUUAAUUCGUAAUAGUCGUUUAAAAUCCACGUUUCAGGUGUCCUUUAAGACCAGGGUUUUCCACCCAAAUAUCAACAGCAAUGGCAGCAUCUGCCUUGACAUCCUCAAGGAGCAAUGGAGCCCCGCCCUUACCAUAUCCAAGGUGAUGGAUCUCUUCCGAUUUCUCUCUCUAUACUCCAUUCGCCAUUCGAUCCAGUGUUACUAUUCAGAGGGCUGCCUUCUCAUAGCAUCAUCUUCUUGGCACCCCCCAACCGUGAAGCCAUUAUAUGCAUAUGCUUCUUUCGCUGACAAAUAGAAAUAAAUCCGUAGAUGGUUGAUGACAACAUUCGGCCUCGUUUUUCGGUAAUUGGCGUCACCAAGCUGCAAGGACAGCCCGUUUCUCUUUUGUUCAGCAGGAACAAAAGGGUGAUUUAAUUCGAUUUAUUUUUUUUCAUUCAGAAGAUAUGAUAAACUGGGUAUGAUCCUUGAAGGGUGAGAUUUGACCGUUAGAUGUGGUCGAUCCGUAGAAACUUGCCGACUAGCGAUACUAAUAGGCUUGAAAUCUUCCUUGGCUGGAGCUGCAGGUGCUGUUGUCAGUGUGCUCCCUCCUGACUGACCCCAACCCGGACGACCCGCUGGUAUCGGAGAUCGCCGAAAUGUACAAGACGAACCGAGACAAGUACGAGACCACCGCCCGCACCUGGACCCAGAAGUACGCCAUGGGCUAG